GUUAUCUGCCCCACUCCUCGGUUUGUGUCUCAACAACAAGCGUGUUGCGCAGCACGGAGAGAAACAGUCACUAGGAUGUCCAAAGAGGGUCAAUCACGCGAACCGGAGCAGCUGAGGAAGCUCUUCAUCGGAGGGCUGAGCUUUGAAACAACAGACGACAGUUUACGAGCAUAUUUUGAACAAUGGGGCACCUUGACGGAUUGUGUUGUCAUGAAAGAUCCAAACACCAAGCGGUCGAGGGGAUUUGGCUUCGUCACUUACUCAAAUGUGACUGAAGUUGAUGCUUCUAUGGAUGCACGCCCCCACAAGGUUGAUGGUAGACUCGUGGAGCCCAAGCGAGCAGUGUCCCGUGAGGACUCAAACAAGCCAUUUGCCCAUACAACUGUAAAGAAGAUAUUUGUCGGUGGUAUAAAGGAUGACACCGAGGAGCACCAUCUUCGUGACUACUUCACUGAUUUUGGCAAAAUUGAGGCAGUUGAGAUAAUGGUUGACCACAAGACCGGAAACAAAAGGGGCUUUGCCUUCGUUACGUUUGAGGACCAUGAUUCAGUUGAUCGCAUCGUCAUUCAAAAAUACCACACUGUAAAUGGGCACAACUGUGAAGUCAGGAAAGCUCUGUCUAAACAAGAAAUGCAGAACACAGGAAUGAACAUGAGGGGUCGUGGAGGUGGAAGUUUUGGUGGUAACCGAUACGGCAAUGGAAACGGUGGAUACAAUGACUUUGGAGGUGGUCGUGAUGGAGGAUUUGGUGGAAGAGGAGGUGGCAGAGGUGGUGGUGGAGGAUAUGGAGGAGACUGCUACAACAACAACAAUGGAUUUGGAGGCGACGGUGGUUACAGUGGCGGUGGUCCUGGUGGCUUUGGUGGAAACCGUGGAUAUGGAGGUGGAGGAGGUGGAUAUGGCAAUCAGGGUGGAGGUUAUGGUGGUAGUGGCAGUGGCGGCUACAACGAUUACAACAAUGGCAAUGGAAACUUUGGAGGUGGUAACUUUGGAGGAGGUGGUGGUGGUGGUGGUGGUGGUGGCGGCGGCAGCAGUGGAGGUGGUAACUACAGUGACUUUGGCAGCUACAACAACCAGCAGUCCAACUAUGGCCCCAUGAAGGGAAACUUUGGAGGUGGAAGUGGUGGUGGAAGAAGUAGUGGCCCAUAUGGUGGUGGCUCCGGCGGCGGAUAUGGCAGUGGUAGCUCCGGAGGUGGAUAUGGCAGUGGUGGCUCCGGAGGUGGAUAUGGCAGUGGUGGCUCCGGAGGUGGAUAUGGCAGUGGUGGCUCCGGAGGUGGAUAUGGCAGUGGUGGCUCCGGAGGUGGAUAUGGCAGUGGUGGCUCCGGAGGUGGAUAUGGCAGUGGUGGCUCCGGCGGUGGAUAUGGCGGUGGCUCUGGAGGCAGACGGUUUUAAAGUUCUAAAAGGACUGAGUGCUUUAGGAGAGGAGAGCGAGAGACAGGGCAGAUGCAGGUUUACAUCCUAGAUCUGCUCAGCCAAACAGGUGUGGCAAGUUACAACUGCCACCAGAAGAGCUGUGUACAGUAGUGCUAUCAUGUGUGGGAAUUCAUGAAUUUGUCAUCAUGCAGACUUAUUUUAUAUUGUGUGUGGGAAAGCAUUCCAAUGAGGUUUUAUGUAGUUACUUUUCAGUCGUUAUGGAUUUUGAUUUAUGUAACCAAGGUGAAAUAAAAAUCCUCAUUUUUGUUUUUUAAAAGCUGUGGUGUUUAGUCAUUUGGGUCUCUGUGGGUUUUAGUGUAGUAAACUUGAACUUAAGGAUGACUGGGUUAUGUAGGUCAACAUUGAACCUAUUCUAAAUUUAGAAAUUAAGCCCAACUUGAAGAUAAAUGUCCUCACUGGCUUGGUGUUGCUGAUGUACAAAGGCAAAAUGCAGUAUAUAUCCACUUGUCAAUGAGUUAUACCUGAAAUUGGGUCACUUGGACUAGGAUAUGUCCUCUGACAGACUGGCUUGGCUCAACUGUGCUCAGAUUCAGAAAGUGAAAAUUGCAGUAAACACACAAUCCACACUAAAGCUAAAACUUUAAAGUUACCGUUCUCCGGUUCUUUGACGUUACUGUGCGUCUUUGCCUUUCAUAGGGCAGAUGAGCAGUUCAAGCCUAAUUAAUAAGUUUAAUCAGUCAACUCAAGGCAUAGUCAAUUUGCACUGGUUCAAAAAGGUUAGGAUGUCUAUUGCAAAUGCCUAGAGUAGUGUACAUGUGGCUACAUGGCAGUCUAGCCAUGGGGAGCAAGCUGAGAAAGGAGUAAGAUCUUCGAUGCCCUGUGAAGAAGCAGAGAACAGGGAGUGCAGGGCGCCACUCAAAGACUAGCAGGCAGCAACUACCAAAUGGCUUUAAUAACUCCUGUAGGUAAGAACAGACUUCUCAACUAUCGCUGGUAACUAUAAAACAUGAUUUUUAUUAAGAGGCUGUACAGUUAAUGUAAUCUUCCCAUUCAGUGUUGUGUAUGUUACAGGGAAGUAACUGCAGUCAGUAUAGUUAUUUAGUGCGCAAAACGUUUUUUUUUUUUCAUGCAUGCCCUCUUGAUUUUAGCAAUGUUUUUCAGCUUGACACUAACUUGCAUUUAUUUU